AUGUUCGUUGUACGUGGAGCAGGAACCUAUGGUCUCUGCAGGCAUGUCAUUGUUUCUCGGUGGCCUGCUUCGAGGCUUUACUCAACGAAAACCUAUGAUCCUCUCCGGAUUCUGUUUUGCGGCUCGGACGAGUUUAGUAUUGCCUCCUUGAAAGCUCUCCACGCCUAUCAUUUGAAACAACCGAAUCGAAUUGCUUCUAUAGACGUGGUUUGCCGACCAGGAAAAAGAGUGGGAAGAGGCUUGAAGAAGAUUCGGCAAGUGCCCAUCAAGGAGACUGCCGAGGCUCUCUCACUUCCGAUCCAUGAGAUUGAUACAUUCACUGGAUGGACGCCCCCGGUUACUCCGAAUGGUCCCAUCAAUUUGAUCAUCGCCGUAUCAUUCGGGCUGUUUGUACCUCCCCGUAUCUUGAAUUCUGCCAGCUACGGGGGUCUGAAUAUGCAUCCUUCAUUGCUGCCAGAUUUCCGAGGUCCAGCUCCGCUGCACCACACUCUUUUAGCAGGGGAAAAAUUAACUGGAGUGACACUCCAGACUUUGCAUCAUAAGAGCUUCGACCAUGGAACAGUUCUCUCCCAGACUCCACCACCUGGCUUUGAAAUUCCCAACCCCGACUUUUGCACUGUCCCCGAGCUGCUCAACCUCGUUGCACCAAAAGGUGCCCAAUCACUAGUGGAUGGAAUCAAAGAUGGCCUUUUCGUACCUCCCAUACAGGACGCAGGAUGGCGUGCCAACGAGGCAACCGACAACCUGAGACACGCAAGCAAAAUCAAGCCGGAGGAUCUCCAUAUUGACUGGGCAAACUGGACAAUGCUCGAGAUCAACCGACGCAACCGAAUCCUCGGCCCAGUAUGGAGCAAGGCACUUGUUACAUCAAACCCUUCGGAUGGCCCUCUCACGUUCCAGCAAAAGCGGGUGAUUCUAACCGAGACCGAAGAAGUGGAACCGCCGAAAGGAUGUGAUUCUUUGGCGCUUGUUCCGGGUCUACCAUUUGCGAAUGCUCCCCACCCUGUUGAACCGAAGAAGGGACGAGCUCUUCAUGUGUUUACUCGGGACGGCAAAGUUCUGCGUAUCAACAAGAUGAAAGUAGAAGGUGAGCCGGUUGCCGAUGGACUCCGCGCUGCGAUCAAGGCUCGCAUGUUUGGUGACCGGUCGUUCCAGUCAGAGGGCGUUGAGUUUACAGCUUUCCGCAAUCCUCUGGUUUGA